AGGCGGGAGAAAGACGGGUACCGAACGGUCUGGAUCGUGGGUCUCUCCCGUGACAAACGCCAGUCCGAGCGCGCACUUGGCAACUUGCGAUGAAGCUAUGGAAGAAGCUCAGCGGCAUGGGUGUCGCCGCCGUCCUCAUGGCCGCCAGUAACCUCUGCAUCAACGCCUCCAAGGUCGACGGCAAGAUGCUCUACGUGGCGCUCACCGUCACGUUCCUCGUCGAAGCGCUCAAGCUCGCCUCGUGCAUCGCUGUGCUUGUCGCGUCGCCGCCGACGUCGCGGCUCUGGCUCGGCUGGAAGGAAGCCAUGCACUUUGCAGCGCCGGCGCUUUUGUAUACGAUCGACAACAACCUCGCGUUCGUGAUCCUGCGCUUCAUUGACCCUGCGACGCUCUCGAUCCUCUGGAACCUCAAGAUCCUCACGACGGCCGCGCUCUUCCGCUUCGUCUUGGGCCACAAGCUCGGGAAGCUGCAAGUCAUCGCACUCAUGCUCCUCGUGCUCGGCGUCAUUACGAGCCAGAGCAAGCACACCGUGCACCGCGGCGUCCAGCGCGUCGUGAAUGGCACGACCUCGAUGGCGGCCGUCGAGCUCGACGAGCGCACCAAGUUUAUGCUGGGCAUUGCACUCGUCGCGCUCGGCUGCACCAUCUCGUCCUUUGCGGGCAUUCUCUCCGAGUACGCGCUCAAGAAGAACCCGGCGACGCCCUUCUUUGUCCAGAACGGCUACAUGUACAUCUUUGGCCUCCUCUUCAACUCGAUCGGGCUCCUCGCCUCCGCGCAGACGACGAUCGCAACCAACGGCUUCUUUGACGGCUACAACAGCUGGACGUGGGCAGUCGUCUUCAUCCAGGCGCUCGCCGGCCUCAUGAUGGGCUUUAUCUUCAAGUACCUCGACAACAUUGUGUGCGUCUACACGCACGUGGUCGCGAUGCUCCUCACGAUGCUCGUCUCGAUCCUCUUCUUUGCUUUUGAGCUCACGCUCGAGUUUGCUUGCGGCUUUGGCGUCUGCGCGAUCUCCAUGUACCUCUACCAUAUGCCCAGCCCUGGCGAUGCGCCCGUCCCUUGCCACGGCACGGCCACCGCGUCGAGCGACGAAGAGUACGAAAAGGUGGCCAUGGUCAGCGAUCACUCGUGCCGCAGCAGCGACGCGACAUCGGUCGGGAGCCCCCACCACCGAGACACAUUGCGCGACGACGACGACGACGACGAGGUGUAGACUCCUAACUUAAUCGAUGCCGGUGGUGUGAAGGGUG